UCCAUUUUUCUGCCGUGUCCACUGCAUAAAUCUCCUUCUCUCAAGCUCAGCUCUCAUUUCGAAGAAGAAGAGGACGACGAACAACGGCGGCGACGGCGACGGCGACGACUACGACGGCGGCCUGAGGAAAGAAUAGCAUUGCCAUGUCGCUGACAACUGUUAAGGUUAGCAAUGUCUCCCUAGGAGCAACAGAGAGGGACCUCAAGGAGUUCUUCUCAUUUUCCGGUGAUAUUGCAUAUGUUGAGAUGCACAGUGACACUGAGCGGUCUCAAGUUGCAUAUGUCACGUUCAAGGAUGCUCAAGGAGCAGAGACUGCCAUUAUGCUUUCGGGUGCAACUAUCGUUGAUAUGUCUGUCAGCAUUGCUCACGCUCCAGAUUACAAGCUUCCUCCUGAUGCUAUAGCACCACCAGUAAAAGUAACUGAAAACAAAAGUCCAGCUGGUGGUGACUCUGCUUUGCGAAAAGCAGAGGACGUAGUUACCAGCAUGCUAGCUAAGGGCUUCAUAUUGGGCAAAGAUGCAGUGAACAAAGCCAAGUCCCUUGAUGAGAAGCAUCAGUUGACAUCGACCGCCUCAUCAAAAGUCGCUUCCUUUGAUAAGAAGAUUGGGCUGACCGAGAAAAUCAGUGUGGGUACCGCAGUUGUGGGUGGCAAGGUCAGGGAAGUGGAUCAAAAAUUUCAAGUUUCGGAGAAAACUAAGUCAGCAUUUGUGGCAGCCGAGCAAAAAGUUAGCAGUGCUGGAUCAGCCAUUAUGAAGAACCGUUAUGUGUUCACAGGGGCGUCGUGGGUAACAGGCGCUUUUAACAAAGUUGCAAAGGCAGCUGGGGAAGUCGGCCAGAAGACAAAGGAGAAAGUGGGAAUGGCCGAAGAGGAACAGAAGAGAAAAGUAGUGGAUGACUUUGCUCAGAUUCAUUUAUCCGAGUCUCCAAAGGCUACUGCUUCCGCUGAGCCGAAGCCAUCGAAGCACGAGCCUGUUCAAGGUCUGAUUCUGUGAUCUGGUUCUGUAUUGAACAUUGUGUAUCAUUUCAGAUACUCUCAGUUACUUGUCUGCUGUUGACCACCAGAACAGUGGUGCUUCAUUAUAGUCAAGUUGUCAUAUAUCGUUGCUUACAGACACUUAUCUUCCUUUACCCCUCCCACCUCAAAAGGAUUUUUCCUAUGUAUGCAAAAUCUUUCUGCUGGAAA